UUGGCGCGUGUUUUGUCAACACAAAGCUGAUAAUCAGAAUUUUUAUUUACUGCUUAAAAUGCAGGCAUUUCUAAAGACUGGUAAAAUAUCUAGCACAGAUAAACCCUCAACAUCUGGUGUAAAAACUUUGAAAAAGAAGCCUCCAGCGCCAUGGGUCGAAAAAUACCGACCAAAAACAAUAGAUGAUAUUGUAGACCAAGGCGAAGUGGUACAGGUGCUGAGAGAAUGUCUGGGGGGUAGUGACUUACCGCAUUUGCUGUUUUAUGGACCUCCCGGUACCGGCAAGACUAGUGCCAUCCUGGCAGCAGCGCGACAGCUAUUUGGAGAUAUCACACGAGAUCGCGUGUUGGAACUUAACGCAUCAGAUGAAAGAGGAAUCCAAGUCAUAAGAGACAAAGUGAAGACUUUUGCUCAGCUGACCGUAAGCAGCAAAAGGCCAGAUGGCAGACCAUGUCCUCCAUACAAACUUGUGAUUUUGGAUGAAGCAGACUCAAUGACUACAGCAGCACAGUCAGCUCUUCGUAGAACUAUAGAAAGAGAGACUCGCACCACCAGAUUUUGUCUUAUCUGUAAUUAUGUAUCUAGAAUUAUACCACCAAUAACAAGUAGAUGUUCAAAAUUCAGAUUCAAACCCUUAGCAAGGGAGAAUGUUAUUAAACGUCUUCAAGAUGUGUGUAUAGCUGAGGGUGUGGACGUGGGAGACGGUACAGUGCUGCAUCAGGCUGUGGACACCUGCGAGGGUGAUUUACGUAGAGCACUCACAGCUAUGCAAUGCUGCCAGCGUUUACUGGGGAAGAUUACUGCAGAAGGCUUAGUAGAGGUAACAGGGCUUGUUCCCGACAAAUUGGUCAAUGAAUACCUGAGUAUUAAGAAUUAUAGUGAGCUUGAAAAGUUUGUUGAAAAGUUCCUAAUGGAGGCGUACUCAGCAGCACAACUGUUGGAACAACUGAGUGCGACUGUCAUUACUAGUGGCUAUCUCACUAACAAGCAGAAGUGUGCUAUAAGCGAGAAGAUAGCGAUCAGCUCGCACCGACUGCUGGACGGUGGAGCGGAGGUGAUGCAGCUGACAGACCUUGGCUGCACCAUCAUUAUGGCAAACAAUAAUCCAUGAGCUGUGAGCAUUAAGAAAGAAUAAAACCUAUUUUUUAUUUA